UUUGUGUUCUUCUUUGCUGGCUUGGAGAUGUCCUCCAAGCUCAUGUGCUUCACUGGCCAGGAGCUGAUGGAAAACGUUGAUGUACAAGAUAAAUUGUAUGCUGAGAUUGCCGAAGUCGACAGCCAGAUGGAGGGCGGUCAGGUGACCUACGAUGCUCUUAUGAGCAUGAAGUACUUGUAUCAGGUGGUGAACGAGGUGCUACGCAAGUGGCCGCCAUCUCUGUCCGUGGAUCGUGAGUGCAACAAGGACAUUUACUAUGAGGUCGAUGGUAAAAUUAUUAAGAUCAAAAAGGGCGACUGCGUCUUUCUGUCUAACUGUGCCCGUAGUGCAGGGCACAAGUACUUUGAGAAUCCCACAAAGUUCGCGAUUUGCUCUGCUCAAGGCCAAGAGCCUGAUCUACUACAUGCUUCGGGACUGAGCCUGCUGCUAAAAGCACCAUUCCCUUUGAUCUUAUGUCCGCCGGUUUGCAAGUCUAUCCUAAGGAGGGAUUUUGGAUUCAGUUCGUUCCACGUGACUAACUUGAGAUUGAGAGUAACGAAUUCAGUAUUAUGCAAACUUGAAUAUGAUUUAUUGAAUGAUCUAUGA